GGCGUUUAGUCGAUCUGUGGCUACACUGGUGGGACGCAGAUCAAUGGUCAUACAGUUGUCAACUUCUGUAUGUUUGGACGCGAGUUAGAGAGUGGGAGGUAUUACCCCAGUCGGAUGGCAAACACGGAUUUAUCUCAGCUAUCGCAAAAUAUUCAGUGAUCUUUGAUAACGUGGAUAACAUAAAAAUGCUGACACAUCGAGUUUCGCGAUAAGAGUGACAUUGGCGUUGAAACGAAGGUUGUCAAAGCGAUUGGAUUCUACCCAUAAGCAGGAACAAGUUCUACCCAAUGGACAGGAACAAGUUCUACCCAAUAGAUAGGGACAAGUUCUAUUCAGUAGAUAGGGACAAGUUCUAUCCAAUGGACAGGAGCUAGUGUGCUAUGACAACUGCUGAUGCCAGUGCCAACUCUGGUCACGAGAAGUGUUAAUGGAGCCUCUGAGAGAAGUGGCAACCGAACAACACGAGGGUAAUGAGGUGUAUCAGUCAACUGAAUCCCCAAAGGAAUGUUUAGGAUAGAAUCGGGGUUAUUUUUCCAAACGGACACUUGAACCGGUGAAAUAUGAUUGUUUGUUUUUUUAUCAAUCAGAUCUGUAAAACCUGUUAUAAACCAAUAACAUACGCAGGGCUGAUCGGACGUCUUUCAGCAACAUACCAUCAACCCAUGAGAACAGUACAGCUACCCUUGAAUGCCCCAACACUCAUACCAUGACGUUUUUUAACUGCAGCACAGAUUUCCAGUUUUGUCCUAAAGGUGGUGAUGCGGCCUACUUCACCAGCAGCUAUUCCCUGGCCUCGCAGAUCGUAGCCAUCUCCUUCCUCAUCUUCACCUGUCUCGCAGGAAACGCUCUACUCUGCUAUGCCGUCUACAAGACGUCCGCCAGGUUCUCGGCGUCCUCCAUCUUCAUCCUCAACCUGGCGGUCACCGACAUCCUUGUGGGAACUUUGGUUCUUCCCUUCUGGAUUCUGUCCACAGCGACAUUAUCCUGGCCACUUUCAAAUGCAGCUUGCGAGUUUACAGCAUUCCUUACAACGACCUUGAUGCAGUGUUCCAUCUUCUCACUGUGUGGGAUAGCUGCUGACAGGUACCUCAACAUCCGUCACCCUCUCCGCUACCCAAUAGAAGCCACGUUCACUAGAGUGUCACUCGUGGUGCUGGGUAUCUGGUGCUUCUGUGUGUCUAUCGCCAGUUUCCCCCUGUUCGGCUGGGGAGACUACAGGUUCCAGCCUCAGACUGUUCCAAUAUGUAACCCAGAAUACAUCUCAGAGGUUUCCUUCACCAUAUUCCUGUGCGUGUUCGGAAUGGCCCUGCCAUUUGCUAUAAUGCUCUUCUAUUAUAUCAGAAUAAUUCAAAUUGCUAGGUGCCAAAUACAAAAGAUCCACUCUCUACAGAGGACACUUGAGAAACCACGUGCCCCGCCCAAACAGUUCCUCAGCGUGGAGGGGCAUCAGGCAACUGAAAGUAAGAGAUCCACCAAAGUGAGCACCAGCAGAACACCCCUGAGCACCAAGUUCUCCAGGAAUGUAAAGGCUGUUAGAAGAGUCUUCAUCGCAGUUGGCGUGUUCUUCCUCUGUUGGGGGCCGUAUGUGAUCCUGAACUUCUGGUCAGUUAACAAUGAACACAUCCCCGUGCCAUAUUUGGCUGACCUGUUGACCACCCUCCUGGCCUUCACCAACAGCUCCGUCAACCCAAUCAUCUUCAUCCUCCUCAACAAGGACUUGCGGAACGUCAUCAGGAAGCUAGGACGCCGACUACUCUGCUGUUUGUCGUCAAGCAGUAGUUCUGCUGAACACUCCGACUUAGUGACGUACGUGGUGGAGAAGAGCGAGCACAGGUCCCGAGCUUCAUCACGGCCUAGAAGCCAACAGGUCACACUCACUGGCAGGGAUCUUAUUCACACGGAGCAUACAACAGAAAAUAACAUCAGUUUUCACUUGGCUGAUGUUGAGAGUGACGAGUUCAGGACAGAGCGGGAGAAGACUUUGAGGGAACAGUAUGACAGCAGAACUGCCAUGCUGACUCUCCCUGGUGUUGUGUGACAUGACAGGACAUGACAUGACAUGGUUCUUGUUGUUUUUAAUUUUAGAGACUGUCAGGAAUUAAGUGACCUUGUUCGAAAUGUGCCUCUGUUCACCCAGCAUUACAAAUUGGUACCGGGUGGGAUGAGAUAGAAAUGUGACUGUUAACCUUCUAGGUUGUAUGUUUCCCAGGGAGCAGAGAAUGAAAAUAGAGUGCACACUGAUCCAAUGACAGGGGGUAAGAAUGUUAGCACUUUGAGCAUGCACGAGUGUAUGGAGGCUAGCUAAAUAAAAGUACCCUAUAUUAUUAUUAUUUAAUACAGAUUAAAAUAUAGAACGCAGCAAAGAGGGUUUAGAUCCUGGCAGUCAGGCUGGUUGGGCUCAUCAUCAGCUCAGGGCCCUUGCCCCCUCUACAUGCAGCCCAGACCGCGCAAGAGACUUCUCCCAGGAAACGCUGCCUAGUCUAACCCACCGAGAACUUUUUGGAGAAUGUGAAGACUCUCCAACACUGCAGCCUUCUGCAUUACCCAGAUUGUCAGAGUGAGUGAGUGAGUAAGUUUUGCUUAACGCCGCAUCAGCAAUCUGGCAGCUAUUCGCGGCAUAGGUUGUCAGAAGGGCUGUAUCCCUGAUAGCAAACCAGGGUACACUCCGAAUUUAAGUCAACAAAUUGGGAGGUACCAAACCUAAGGCACCGAGAACAAUGGGGAGUCGGACAACUUGGUA